AUGGGUCCGGAAUCCCUCCAGCAGCCUCAGCAGCACAAAGCAAAGAUAUGCAUGUGGAAAUACCUGGACGUUCAUUCCAUGGAUCUCAUUGACAAGGCCCAAACCACCGAUGAGCUGAAGAGUCUUCUCUCUGAGUUCUUCAGCCUGCAAGAUUUCCCGUCAAACCCGCGCUCCGCUAUCUUGCUGGAUUUGUACUUCUACUGCAUCCACUUCUGCCGGGAUCAGGGGUUCAACCGGGAACAGACCUCGGCCUUCUUCUCCAUCGUGAAGGACACACAUGAGGCCUGUGUGGAAACACCGCUACCGAAUGUGGAGGAAUGCUACAACUAUUUCACUGAACUGGUUUUCUGCCACUCCAUUCGGAGACCUCCCUUCAGCAUCGAUCUCUUCAGUCAAGACCAGCUGCUGGCCAUAACAGAUUACGUGAUCAACACCUACUUCCGACACUUAAAACUUUACAAAUAUGCUUUCACUCCACAGGUGCGGUUGGAUAUAUCCUUCUCCUAUAUUGGGAUGCCAGAGCCCAAAGAGGAAGAGCCGGCCGAGAGCUCAGAGCCUCCCAUAUCACCUUUGCAGGAGGAGGAUGAGGAAGCUGCCGCCGUGGAAGACCCCACGGCCGCCCUGCGCGAGUACAUCUCAGCCCAGCUGAACCAGGAGUUGGCCCAGCUGCGCCAGUCGGUGGAGCAGCGCCUGCGGGCCACGGAGGAUCAAUUCAGCAGCAAGCUGGUGCAGCUGGAGAAGGGGCACAGCGGCGGCAAGGGAAGCGGCAAGGGCAAGAAGAAGUGA